AUGGUUAGCGAUAGAUUGAGAGCACCGGGUCCGGUUGAUAGAAUUGAGUGGCAAUGGCAUCGAGCACCUUCUUCAAAUGCAGAAUUAACGGAACUGAAUGGGAUUGUAGCUAUCUUGGCUCAAAUCUCCAUCACGAAUCAAGAAGACAGUUGGACAUGGCAAGCAGAAGACUUGGGGAUUUUCACAGUUAAAUCGGUAAGAAAAAUUAUAUCGAAUACUAACACGGUUCCUUGUGAUAUUAUUUUUAAGUGGAAUAGAUGGAUACCGCGUAAAGUAAACAUCUUUGGUUGGAGAAUGAACUUGGAUCGCCUACCCACCAGAUGCGCUUUGGAGAAAAGACACAUACCUAUACCUUCUACUUUAUGCCCUCUUUGCAGUGAAGCUAACGAAACUGUUGAGCAUUUGUUCACAUCAUGCUUCGUGUGCUCUAUAGUUUGGCACAUGGUAUCAUCUUGGUUAUCAAUUCCACCCAUUUACGCAUACACAGUCAGAGACAUACUUGGUUUGCACAAAGAUAUGGCCGGAUUAGACGCGAAGAAAAUGAUCAUUCACGCUAUUUUGGUAAUAGCAUGUUGGGGAAUUUGGAAACUUCGAAAUGAGGUUGUCUUUUCAAGUAAGAGAAUCGAUAUAGCAAGACUUAUAGCGGAUAUCAAGGCAUCUAGUUACCUUUGGGUAAAAAAUAGAGCAAAAUUAUUUUCUGUUGAAUGGGUAAAUUGGUUAGAGUUUGAUUUUGUAUAA